UGAUUUAUCGAGAUUUAAAGCUCAAACGUAUGUGGAUAAGAAUUUCAAACCGAAGCUUCAGAUUCGGACUUGCAAGAGAGGGGCCAAACGAGGGGAACACACAUGUUCAACAGCAGUGGUUGGGACGUAUGGGUAUGCAGCACCAGAUUACAUUGAGACAGGCCGUCUCACAAGCAAGAGUGAUGUGUGGAGUUUUGGUGUAGUAUUAUACGAGAUCCUUACAGGCAGGCGUUCCCUAGAAAGAAACCGGCCUCGUGCAGAGCAGAAUCUUUUGGAAUGGGUAAAACAGUUCCCGGCUGACAGUAAAAGAUUCAGUUCAAUAAUAGAUCCCCGAUUAGAAGACCAGUAUUCUAUUGUUUCAGCUCACAGAAUUGCUAAAUUAGCAGACACUUGUUUAGUGAAGAAUGCAAAGGAUAGGCCAAAGAUGAGUAAGGUGGUAGAGAUAUUGAGGGAGAUAAUUCUAGACUCAGCUGAAGGGAAUCAUCAAGAGAUAAAUUUCAAGCGCGUAGACUCAGAAUCAAAUGACAUUGAAAAUGAAACAGAUCAACUUGAAGGUCCUCAAUCAUGGAAGAGGAGGAUGGCACACCUGGAAAAACUGAGCGAGCAUGCAGAUGGUGUACACAGAAGAAGGUUGAUGAUGCAGAUGGCCAAAGUGCCUUGACAUGUCUUUCGAUUCAUUGUUUUUUUUUCUUUGUAAUCUCCUUGGUUGCACAGAUAAUUUUUUUUUAAAUAGGUUAAUCUUGUUUUCUUUGAUAAAACUUGAGUAGAUAACACCCGAAGGAUCAGAAUCGAAAAACCUCCUAUCAUUUCACGAUUAUGACUGCCAUGACAAGAGCAAAAAAAAAGUCUUGCAAACUA